CUUUUCGUUCAAUGCUAAUUUAAUCUUCUUAGACAACUUUCCUUAAAAGCAUUGCCCUACGCAACGACGUCGUUUACUCGCGGGCAUGGCAUUGUAAGCAGUAACCGACGUCGUAGCGGCCGUUGCAUUGGGUAUCUGUCGAUCACCGUACCGGAGAAACGAGACCAGAAGAAUCAGAACUGAAAAGUUCACAAAAAGCCUUCGAAUGGCUCCACCCAAGUCUAGAGGAGCCACUCGGAGCAGCAACGCAAGGAUUCUUCUCUUUUCCUUUCUCCUCGCUCUCCAAUACGGCGCUCAACCUUUGAUUUCCAAACGCUGCAUCAGCCGUGAAGUUAUUGUGACUUCAUCCGUUUUGGCAUGCGAGGCUGCAAAGGUUAUAUUUGCAUUGUACUUCAUGACAAAAGAAGGUAGUCUGGGAAGAAUGUAUAAAGAAUGGACUUUGGUCGGUGCAUUGACUGCAUCAGCACUUCCUGCGGCUAUAUAUGCACUGCAAAAUAGUUUGUUGCAAAUUUCUUACAAGAAUCUUGAUUCACUCACAUUCUCAAUUCUGAAUCAGACAAAAAUAUUUUUCACUGCAUUAUUUACAUAUUUCAUGUUGAGGCAAAAACAAACAAUUCAACAAAUUGGAGCCUUGUUCUUGUUAUUAGCCGCAGCAGUUUUACUAAGUGUUGGUGAAGGUUCUAACAAAAGUUCUACUAGUGCUAAUGCUGAUCAAGUUUUAUUCUAUGGAAUAGUUCCUGUAUUAAUUGCUUCAGUGCUUUCUGGACUAGCUUCUUCCCUGUGCCAAUGGGCUUCUCAGGUUAAGAAACACUCAUCAUACCUAAUGACUGUAGAAAUGUCUAUGGUUGGAAGUAUAUGUUUGCUUGCCAGUACAUUGAAAUCUCCAGAUGGGGAAGCUAUGAGACGUCAUGGAUUUUUUCAUGGUUGGACUGCUCUUACUUGGAUCCCAGUAAUUUUGAAUGCCCUUGGUGGAAUUCUUGUUGGUUUAGUUACAAGCCAUGCUGGCGGUGUUCGAAAGGGAUUUGUCAUUGUCUCAGCUUUACUCGUUACAGCAUUACUACAGUUCAUUUUUGAAGGAAAACCGCCUUCAUUAUAUUGCCUUUUGGCUCUUCCACUAGUGGUCUGUAGCAUUUCAAUAUAUCAGAAAUACCCCUAUCUGGUUAAGAAGAAGGAGUCAUAAAACUUGACUGCCACAGUACGGGGAAGUUACUUCAUUAGUUCCCCAACGUAGCGCCUUUGCUAUACACAAUAUAUAAGCAUAUUGUAAAUGAUAGAAGGCAAGCAUUGUUUUCAAUGUCUGCUCGAGCUCAAUAGAAUGAGGAUGUUAUAUAUA